AUGUCGCUCGUGUCCGGGGAAAAGAGCAACUUCCAAUUCAUCUUGCGUCUCCUCAACACCAACGUUGAUGGAAAGCAGAAGAUCAUGUACGCGCUGACCCAGGUCAAGGGUGUCGGUCGCCGUUACUCCAACCUGGUCUGCAAGAAGGCCGAUGUCGACCUCAACAAGCGUGCUGGUGAGCUUACCACUGAAGAGCUGGAGCGCAUUGUCACCAUCCUCCAGACUCCCACUCAGUACAAGAUCCCCUCUUGGUUCCUCAACCGACAGCGCGACAUCACCGAUGGCAAGGACACCCAGGUUGUCUCCAACGGUCUCGACUCCAAGAUCCGUGAGGAUCUUGAGCGCUUGAAGAAGAUCCGCUCCCACCGCGGUCUGCGUCACUACUGGGGCCUCCGUGUCCGUGGUCAACACACCAAGACCACUGGCCGCCGCGGUCGCACCGUCGGUGUCAGCAAGAAGAAAUAA